AUGGCCCAAGGAGUCACUUCGGUAUAUCUCAUCGCUAUCAAGAAGAACGGAACAAGCAGUAUCUUUGUAUUGAACUGUAAUCCUCUUGCCGGAAACCAUCCUAACCCAUCUUCAGCUUGUGCUAAAGUAAAUGCUGUCAGUGGUAAUUUCAAUCAAGUCCAGAAUCCAUUUGCCAUCUGUACAUUGGAAUACAAUCCAGUAUCUGUGUCUUAUUUGGGGUUGUACAAUCAUCAAUUUGUUAGCUUUAACAAAACAUACUCUAAUGAAUGUUUUGCUCGCGCUAACCUUGAAGGCUUUUAUCCUUACUAA